AUGGCUGCAGCCUGUGCCAGGCUGUCACCCCAGCUGACAGAGUUCCCAGCGCAGCGUGUCGCCUCGUCCCCCGCCCCCCCCGGCGGCCCUGGCCUGUCCUCUGACUGCUGCGAGCUCCUGAACCACUCCACCACAUCCUGCUACUGCGGAGCACUCCACUCAUCCCAGCCCAUCUCCACCCAUCCCAGCCCAGCCCAUCCCCGGCCAGCCCAGCCCCCACCCACCCAUCCCAGCCCAGCCCAUCCCAUCCCAUCCCAGCCCAGCCCAGCCCAGCCCAUCCCAGCCCAUCCCCGCCCAUCCCAGCCCAUCCCCGCCCAUCCCAGCCUAUCCCAGCCCAGCCCAGCCCAUCCCAGCCCAUCCCAGCCCAGCCCAUCCCCGGCCAGCCCAGCCCACCCCCACCCAUCCCAGCCCAUCCCAUCCCAUCGCAUCCCCGCCCAUCCCAACCCAGCCCAUCCCAGCCCAGCCCAUCCCAACCCAUCCCAGCCCAUCCCAGGCCAUCCCAUCCCAGGCCGUCCCAGCCCAUCCCAGCCCAGCCCAUCCCAGGCCAUCCCAUCCCAGCCCAUCCCAGCCCAUCCCCGCCCAUCCCAGCCUAUCCCAGCCCAGCCCAGCCCAUCCCAGCCCAUCCCAGCCCAGCCCAUCCCCGGCCAGCCCAGCCCACCCCCACCCAUCCCAUCCCAGCCCAUCCCCGCCCAUCCCAGCCCAUCCCAGCCCAGCCCAUCCCAGCCCAGCACAUCCCAGGCCAUCCCCGCCCAUCCCAGCCCAGCCCAUCCCAGCCCAUCCCAGGCCAUCCCAGCCCAGCCCAUCCCAGCCCAUCCCAGGCCAUCCCAGCCCAGCCCAUCCCAGCCCAUCCCAGCCCAUCCCCACCCAUCUCAGCCCAUCCCAGGCCACCCCCACCCAUCGCAGCCCAUCCCAGCCCAUCCCAGCCCAUCCCCACUCAAGCCCAGCCCAGCCCAGCCCCGCCCAUCCCAGCCUAUCCCAGCCCAGCCCAGCCCAUCCCAGCCCAUCCCAGCCCAGCCCAUCCCCGGCCAGCCCAGCCCACCCCCACCCAUCCCAGCCCAUCCCAUCCCAUCCCAUCGCAUCCCCGCCCAUCCCAACCCAGCCCAUCCCAGCCCAGCCCAUCCCAACCCAUCCCAUCCCAUCCCAGGCCAUCCCAUCCCAGGCCGUCCCAGCCCAUCCCAGCCCAGCCCAUCCCAGCCCAUCCCAGCCCAUCCCAGGCCAUCCCAUCCCAGCCCAUCCCAGCCCAUCCCCGCCCAUCCCAGCCUAUCCCAGCCCAGCCCAGCCCAUCCCAGCCCAUCCCAGCCCAGCCCAUCCCCGGCCAGCCCAGCCCACCCCCACCCAUCCCAUCCCAGCCCAUCCCCGCCCAUCCCAGCCCAUCCCAGCCCAGCCCAUCCCAGCCCAGCACAUCCCAGGCCAUCCCCGCCCAUCCCAGCCCAGCCCAUCCCAGCCCAUCCCAGGCCAUCCCAGCCCAGCCCAUCCCAGCCCAUCCCAGGCCAUCCCAGCCCAGCCCAUCCCAGCCCAUCCCAGCCCAUCCCCACCCAUCUCAGCCCAUCCCAGGCCACCCCCACCCAUCGCAGCCCAUCCCAGCCCAUCCCAGCCCAUCCCCACUCAAGGUCAUUUGUCACCCUCAACAAAGGACACAAUCCCUCUCCGUCUCUGGUUGAGUAUAACACAAGUUAA